AGUGACUCUGGGAAGCUCUUUCGGGGCUGUUGGUGGAAAAUUUUUGCUGAAAGUUCGUGAGGGAUGCCCCUCGAAGGAUGGUGAUGUGACUCUGCAUUUUGUACUCAGACGCCACUCUCUGAGAGUUUUCCUCUGUGUGCGUUUUUUUUACAUGAGUUUGCUCCCCCAAAGCUCUCCCAGCUUUUAUUCCUGCGACUAUUGUCGUCAGUGUAGACGAAGGACUCCCUCCGGGAAGGGCAUUUUGUGUGACGUUGUCUCCCUUCUAUCCCUGGUGAUCCUGUAACUUUCUUUUUGAAUUUGUUAGUUAGUUCUCUGUGCGUGAUUAGAAGGACAGGAGGGGGUGGUAUAUAAAAGGGAGCUUUUAAAGUUGUUUUUUUUUUGCUGUGUACGAAGGAGGGUGUGAAAAGGGUGAAGUGAGAGCUUUUUUUUCUUCUUCUUCAGGAGAGAGAAAAAGGAUAUAAGCCAAGUGAUAUGGAAAAAAGCUCUUUUGUGCUGUGACUGUGUGUGUGUGGUGGAGUUUGGCGAAAGCAACAGUUAACCCCAAGACAUGGAGUCACCCUCAAAAUCCACCUGAAAAUUUAAUGAAAGCGCGUGCAAAGGGCUCAAGAAGGGAUUUAUUUGGUGGCGCUCAUCUCGGAAGUGUGGUGUAUGUGUGAACUUUCUUCAACCCCCAAUGUGAUGAGGGGUUGAGAAAAUAUAUCUCGUAUAAAAAGAACCCUUAAUUCCAUUUUGGGGGUUUCUCGCUUCUCCCCUCAUUCCCUCCAAAAGGAAGGAUUACAAAAAAAUUCUCUAGUGGAGUGCAUUUUAUGGUGCUAAAGCCUUGUUAAAAUAAUCAAAAGAAUUAGGUGAAAGUGCAAAGGUGAUUGAGAUGAAUUGAGGACCAUAAAUAACUGCUACAAGAGGUGUGGUGAGGACAAAAAGGUAUCCCCGCCCUGUAAAAUAGGCAAAAGCUCACAAUUUAGUGCUGUGAAAGUGCCACCUUUGCGCCCAAGAUGAGUGGUCUGGGACCAGCUGCGUGCUGGUUGGCACACAAACGCCUGGAAUCAUGGCGAUCUCUCGUACGUUCGAAGGAACGUGCAAAUUCCGUGAGACAAUCAGAAACCAGCGAGGAGGAUCUCAGCUUGUCGUCCCCCAAUCUAGCCUCAUCGUCGCAGAAUAACUCAAUCAGUGAUUCGCAAAAUGACUCAAAUUCAUCACUUGAGUUGCCAGAAAAUGAUUGCGCUGUGCCCAAGGAAUCGCAUGCGGUUCAGCCACCAAUUGCCGUUCCCGGGCAUACGGUUAAUAUGGAUGUGCUAAAGGGAUCAUUGGAUAUGUCACCGAGUCCUGUUCAUUUGCAGCAUCAAAGCAAAUCCUUCCCACCGCGACUCACCAGGACCCCGUCGGUGUCAAGCCAGAGUAGUUUAGAUAGUGCUCCCUCGAGAAAUUCCGGUCACCGUGGAUCAUCCCCCCAAAUUCGAGCUUUUGCCCCCGAUGGACGUUCCACCUUACCUGGCGAACACGCUCCACUGCAGUACUCUCGUUCCCCAAGUCCCCUGAGAGCCAUCAGCUUGGAUGCCCGCUCGACAGUUGCAUCGGAACCCAAUGAUAUGCGCACCUCGAGUCCAUCGCAAUGUAGUCUGGCCUCAUUGGCAAGCACCAGCGGAAGUGCCGUAUGCCUCACACCGAAAAUUGGACGCUGCCUCUCACCCCUUAUGAUACCCCCGCGAACCCCAGUUGGUGUGGAUACGGGUUGUGGACCCGCCAGCCCCUUGGGUGCCCUCCAACCGGACCUGUACACACGGCAGGAGGGCCCAAUUUAUCUCACUGGACCCGACACAACGCAAGCCCUAGGACGCCUCCAUAUGCGCCUCAAGUACGACUCAAAUCUCUCCGAUCUAGCUGUGCACCUCAUUGAGGCGCACAAUCUCUGCCCCAGCGAAAAUGGUGGCUUUCGCGAUCCCUACGUGCGGCUCUUCCUGCUACCCGAAGUAGAUCAGCGGAAGCGCCAGACAACCAUCUUCCGCGGUGAGAGUAAUCCCUACUUUGAUCAACACUUCAAAUUCCCCGUGUCACGGGAUCAGCUGCAGGGAAAGGAAUUGGUACUCCAGGUACUCGACUACGAUCGCUACAGUCACAAUGAUGUCGUUGGCGAGGUGAAGAUCACCAUUGAUGAGCUCGAUUUGACGAAGAGUGUUGAGAUCUGGGGGGAUUUGCUGAAGGGCAAAAAACCACCGGAAGAACGUCCGGAACUCCUUGUCUCCCUCAACUACCUACCACAGGCUGAAAGGCUCACGGUGGUAAUGAUGAAGGCAAAAAAUCUCGACACAGUGCAAGAGCCAUAUGUGAAGCUCUACCUUAUCCACAAUGGAAAGCGCAUAAAGAAGAAGAAGACUGGCAUGGGAAAGUCCAAUGAUCCGCAGAAUCCCAUUUGGAAUGAGGCAUUCACCUUCAAUAUUCCCCAAGCAAACAUCUCACAGUCCGCAAUUGAGAUGUACGUGAUUACGUCAGCUGGGGAAGCAAACGCGAUUGGUAGCUGUGGUGUAGGUCCUCAGGAGAAUGGUCCAGGUAGGCAACACUGGCAGGAUAUGAUACGAAAUGCCCGGAAACCCAUUGCAAUGUGGCAUUUUAUCAGAUAAAUUUAAUAAAAA